AUGGGCAGGAACGGGUUAAGGCUCAUAUUAAUACAUCUCCUAAAUAUUCGUAUCGCUCAGACUUCAAUCGCGAUCCCGACUGUCAUAACGUUCACGAUUAACCGUAGGUAUAAUAUGCAGCGGAAUAAAUUUUGGUCUUUUCUAUGUUACAAACGCUGAGAGGCAAAGAUAGCAAUAAGGCUAGCAAUCGUUAUAUUUAAUUAGAGACAGUGGUAAUAUUGCAAGUCUUCGCCUGGUCUCCGCCAAGCCUAUGGCGUGCAUCCGACAGCUUUGCCAGGCCUCUUAUUCACUUCCUACCACCUUUUUUGAGUCUUUAGGUUUCGACCGCUACGUCGGAUAUAAUAAUACCGUAAUGUAAAUUCAGUCGAUUUCCCAAUCCUCUACGGCACAUCCAUGCAACACAUGUACACCGAAUUCUCGCUAAAAACGGCCGAGAUCAGAGUAGCGAACGACGAAUGUGGAAACGCGUACGGUAAAUGCCGUUCGUAUUGCCAAGAUCGUAAGACUUGAAUUUUAUCGUACUUGCUUUGUCGACUACAAGCAUUUUUAUAAAUUUUCAGCCAAAUUUUGCCGUCUAUAUUGCAGUCCAAUCUGUUGCCUCGCGAAAGCUUGGACUGGCACGGAGUGCGAAGAUCAGGUUGAGGGUUAUCAUCGCAAUUCGACGGCGUUAAAAAUAUCGAAAGACUAUUGGCGCGAUAUGGACCUGCAACGCUAUGGAGUUUGGGCGGAGGAUGCGAUAGGCUUCAGACAGUACGAUGGGACUUUUAUUGAUGUCGGGGUUCAACGGCUUGCAUUGCAAACGGUCCAAAUGUUCGAUAAGACUGGCAUUUUGCCGUAAGUUGCAGUGCACCGUGAAUUUCACUCGUCGCCGCGCGUCAAGUUUUUCGUACAGCGCGCUGUGCAGACAUGUCAAGACUUUUUGGCGCGCCUAUAACGUAUCUCGAUUGUGCCUACAAAGUGAUGGCUUCAAAGAUUUAUCCGUAGCCUACUUAAAGUCAGGGCAUCCAUGGUUUUAUGUCAGUCUGUCGGGGGAAAACGUGGAUUUGUCGCAGCAAAGCAUCGCGGUCGUCCACCAAUCCCCAGCCGCGGCUAGCCGUUGAGCCGACCGCGGACGGGCCAUUCCAAGGCGCGACCCAUUAUUUUCCCGACUGACCGAUAUAAGCCUUUGGCAAUACGUACAACUUGCAGGGCAAACAUCGGUCUUGGCCGGGACCCCGACAACAAGAAUUUCGUUCAAAUGUUGUAUGACAAAGGGCACAUUGAGGAGGAAAAAGUUACGAUGGUUUUAGCACCUAGUUUCGGCAUGAUGGUAUUCGGAAAAUUUUCCGAAUUUCAAUAUCGGAAAAGCUGUAGCCCCAAAUGGGAUGAGGUUAAGGCGUGUGGAACUCGCGAAUGGAUGUUUGAGGCCAUCAAGGUCUCGUUCUUCGACUACACCUCUGAACACAAUUAUAAGGUAACGGUUUUACAGGUCAUGGCGUUACGCCCACAAUCAGAUCUUGGUCAGGCAUGGUCAAACAAAUUUUCUCUUCUAUAACCGCUUAUUUUUCAGAUAAUCCUCAUCAACAGUGGCCUAAAAAUGCCCAGACAUCUUCUCGUACAGUUUAUAAACGACGGCUUUCUAGUUCCCUUUGAAACCAACGUGGAAUGGAAUGUCUACAGUGUUAACACAACUGGGCGUAGCGCUCUAAAAUACGAAUUCAUGCUCAAUUCUAAUUUUACACUACACAUAAACGAGUCCUCGUUGAAUAGCGGACCCUAUACGACGUUGGAAACGCUUUCAGCGACUGCAAUUGAUCCCAAUCCAGACAACGUGGAAUGGAUGUUUGGGUCGAUGGUUUUUAGAGAAUAUUGCAUUCAGUUAGAUUACAAAAAUAACAUGUUGGGCUUCUCAAAGGCGUUACAAGAUGAGUCGGACAACCUGAGACCAAUAAAUCAGAACACUUGA